AUGCCAGCACAGAAGAAACGUGGAAGACCAACUCGAUCCAAGAAAACUCCUGCACGGUUUUCUCAAGACCAACAGCCACCUCCUACUUCGAACAAAAAACAACGUACAGCCACGAAAACUAGUAACCAACUCGCCAACGAAAACUCAACACCAAACGCCGCAACUAUCACUAGUCCGCUACAAAUCGACUUGCUGUCACCAGCCUCCACAACGAACCAACAACAAACUGAUAACCAAUUCGCAAUGACGCAACCAGCUACUCAGCAAAUAUACGAUCUUUUCAAUCAACCACAACUCAUUGCAGCAAACCAACAGAUUAUCGGUCUAUCUUCAAACCAACCAGUUGCUCAACAACAACACACUUACGCACAGUACAACCAACCAGCUGUACAACCCAUGCUAUUGGCACAACAAGCACACGCUACAGGACAAGUCAGCAACAUUCCUCCACCGGCACCAUCGAAAGUUCCCGCAGUCGUCCCUCCGAUGCACCUACAACUCCCGUACGUCGAUCCAUCAACACUCAAUGCUCUCGCCAUUCGCG